AUGGAUGAUGUGACAAUUGAAGAUGAAGUGGAUUCAAAUUCACAAAUUUUCUCUCAAUCAGAGGAAAAAACUAAUUUCUUUGAAAAAUCUUUUUUCGACAAAAUAAUUACUUAUCAAUGGAUUGUUUUCGUUGUUUUACUUAUUGCAAUUGUGAUUUAUUAUAAAAAACGAAAUUCUCCAAGAGAAAAUCGUUUAUCCACAGAACAAAGAAUAAAUCAAUAUGAACAGAUGGAAAAAGUGCGAGAACAACAACAGAAACGAUAUGAACAAGAAGCUCAACGUCGUUUAGCAGAAAAACAAGCGAAACUCGAAGCAAUGAAAUCGACAACAGAUGAAAAGCCAACUCGAUUGAAAUAUCGUUCAUCAGAUCAUAAUCCAUUAACAGGACAAUCGAAUCGUUCUAAUGGAGAUUCAUGUGGAUGGCGACCUUCUUCUCGACGAAGACCUCAAGGUGGAUGA